AUGGAACCAUACCGCCUCGUUGUAGUGAUUGGUUUCGUGCUACAGAUCGCCUGUCAAGUGGAAUCCACCGCGCAGUACGGUCCCCGGCAGGAUCCACCGGUCACCGGGAACUGGUGGGAAUCGGCCGUCCUGUACCAACUGUUGCCACGCUCCUUUCGUGACAGCAACGGUGACGGCAGCGGUGAUCUGCGCGGUUUGCUCGACCGGUUCGAUCACUUGAUCGAGCUGGGUGUAACGGGCGUUUGUUUGGGUCCGGUGUUUCGUUCACCGAUGCGUGACGCUGGAUACGACAUUGCCGACUAUCGUGACAUUGAUCCGCUGUACGGUUCGAUGGACGAUUUCGUGCAGGUAGUGCAACGGGCGAAGGCAGCCGGCCUGAAGGUGGUGUUGGAUUUUGUGCCGAACCAUACGAGCGAGCAGCACGAAUGGUUCCAGAAGAGUGUGCGAAAGGAUGAAACAUACCGUGACUAUUACAUCCUGCCUGAUGGAGCAGGGGAGGACGAGGACAAAGAGAGUACCCCGCCAAACAACUGGCAAUCACUGUACCGUGGGUCGGCCUGGAGUAAGAACGUGCGUGGCACCGAGUUCUAUAUGCAUCAGUUCGGUGAGACGGAACCGGAUCUGAACUAUCGGAACGUGAAGGUGCGCCAGGAGAUGGAAGACGCGAUGCGGUUUUGGCUGGAUCGGGAUAUCGAUGGGUUGCGCCUCAUGCAGGUCAAUCAUCUGUACGAGGAUUCACAAUUUCGCGACGAGCCUCUGAUCAAUGCGGAAGGAACCAUUAGCUACGAAAACUUGAACCACAUCCACACACGUGAUUUGGCCGACAACUACGCCCUUGCCUUCGAUUGGCGCGCACUGUUCGAAGAGUACAACACGGCAGACGGUGCCACGGACAGAAAGCUCAUGAUAACGUCCGCCUACACCGGGACCCUCGAAAGCACAAUGAAAUGGUUCGGUACAGCGAACCAGGUCGGUGCCCAUAUCGCGCAAAACUUUGGCCUGCUGCGGGAAAUCUCCAACGCAUCCCGCGCGGAAGACUUCAAACUUCUAAUCGACGGAUGGCUGAAUGCGCUGCCCCCAAAUGGGGUGGCAAAUUGGGUGCUGAGCAAUCCCGACUUUCGACGCGUGGCGUCCCGCUUUGGGCGGGAACGUGCCGCUGGAUUGGCGAUGCUGUGCUUCACCCUUCCCGGGAUGGUAUUCGUGUACUAUGGCGAUGAAAUCGGCAUGGAAGAUAACGACGGGAUUUCGUGGAAACAAACGCAAGAUCCGCUCGGUUGCAGUACGAACGGAACGGUUUUUGCGCGUUAUUCGCGCGAUCCCGCCCGGACACCGUUCCAGUGGGAUGCGAGCAACGAAUGGGCAGGAUUUACGUCCACAUCCGCGCAGGUGAAAACCGAACCAUGGCUUCCGGUGAACGGCAACUAUGCGUUGCUCAAUUUGGCACGGGAGAAAUCGUCCAACCGGUCGAUGUAUCAUCUGUACCGUGGGCUGAUAAGAUGGCACCAACAAUCGGUCACGCUGCGCUACGGUUCGUACCAAUCGUUCGUACUGCCGAACAAUGUGUUUGCGGUGUUGCGCUCGCUGCUGGGGGAGAAAGAAUAUGCCACGGUGCUGAACGGUAAUUCACACGCGGUAACGUUCAACCUGAGCCGCGUACAUCGGUAUGCGACACGGUCAAAGAUAGCGUUUACGUCUCCCGAAGGAAGCUACGAGGUGGAUGAGUGCAUGAAGGAUGUUACGAAUAUCGCACUCGGUGCAUAUGAAGCAGUUAUUUUGGAGCUGUCAUCAGGGGCGAUUUGGGCGAGAGUGUUGAACGCCCAAAUGCUAGUAAUGCUAAGUAGUUUAGCGAUCAUUACUAAGGUCAGAAUAUAG